AUGGCGUCUGAGACGGAGCACGGUGGCGACAUCCACGUGCUCCUGCUGCCGUACCCGAGCCAGGGCCACAUCAACCCAAUGCUGCAGCUCGGCAAGCGCCUCGUCGCUGCCGGUGCUGGUAGCGUCCGGUGCACGCUCGCCAUCACGCCCUAUCUCCUCAUGGGCCAGCGCCGCGACCCCUGCUCUGGCGACGUCCACCUCGCCGAGAUCUCCGACGGUUAUGACAAGGGCGGCUUCCUGGAAGCCGGCUGCGACGUCGCCGCCUACCUGGCCCGCUUAGAGUCUGCCGGGUCCAGCACCCUGGAGGGGCUGCUCCGCUCCGAAGCGGAGCAGGGACGGCAGGUGAGCGCUGUGGUGUACGACGCGUUCCUGCAGCCCUGGGCGCCGGGCGUCGCUCGGCGGCGCGGCGCGGCGUGCGCAUGCUUCUUCACGCAGGCGCCCGCCGUGAACCUGGCGUACGCGCACGCUGGCCGGGCAGGACGGAUGGAGGAGCAGCCCGGGCUGCCGUCCGGCCUGCUGAAGCCGGAAGAUCUGCCGUCGUUCUUGACCGCGCCCGACGAAUGCCCCGCCUACCUGGACCUGCUGCUGAGCCAGUUCGUGGGGCUGGACGCCGUCGACCACGUCCUCGUCAAUUCCUUCCAUGAGCUGCAGCCACUGGAAUCGGAGUACAUGGCGUCCACCUGGGGUGCCAAGACGGUGGGUCCCACCGUGCCGUCGGCGUACCUUGACAACCGCGUGCCAGGCGACGUCUCCUACGGCUUCAACCUCCACACCGCACCGACGGCCAUGACCAAGGCCUGGCUCGACGCCAAGCCUCCGCGCUCCGUCGUGUACGUGUCCUUCGGGACCAUCGCUGCGCCAGGGCCGGCGCAGAUGGCCGAGAUGGCGGAGGGUCUUGGCAGCAGCGGCAAGGCCUUCCUGUGGGUUGUCAGGGCGUCCGAGACCUCCAAGAUCCCCGACGGCUUCGCCGACAGGAUCGGCGAGAGGGGCCUCAUCGUGCCCUGGGCGGCGCAGCUGGAGGUGCUGGCGCACGCCGCCGUCGGGUGCUUCGUCACGCACUGCGGAUGGAACUCCACGACGGAGGCGCUAUGCGCCGGCGUGCCAAUGGUGGCAGUGCCGCAGUGGUCGGACCAGCCCACGAACGCCAAGUACAUCCAGGACGUGUGGCGCGUCGGCGUCCGCGCGCGGCCGGACAAGGAAGGGGUCGUCCGGAGCGAAGAGGUGGAGAGGUGCGUGACGGAGGUGAUGGGGGAUGACAAGUAUGCACGGAACGCCUCGGAUUGGAGGGAGAAAGGGAAGAGGGCCAUGGGCCAAGGUGGCAUCUCGGACAAGAACAUCAUGGAGUUUCUACACCAGCUCCGGUCGACACCAUCCGAGCUAGCGAUGGAGCUAGCGAUCGAGUGAGGCACAAAACAUCUCUACCUUUCUUGGGUUGCUGUGUGAUUCAGAUUGUGUGGCAUUUUGCGAAUAAUUAGUCGUAUGAGCAUCAAUACGGCUAUCGUUGAAUUUAUUUAUUUUUACAAACGUGAUUGAAUAUAAUAAAGUUAUAAGCCACGCCUUGGCCUUAA